AUCACACUUUUUUUAAAAAAAGAAAAAGUUUUACCAAACAAACAAAGAGAAAAGAAUUGUAAAAAUGUGAGUGAGUGAGUGAGUUCCCUCUUCAUCACACAUUACACGUAGAUGUGUAAUAGAUCUGAAGAGAAACAGAUUCAUUCAACAUUGUAAUAAGAAAACCAAACUGCAAACACAGUCAGUCAGACUCAGACACUCACUCUGUCUGUCAGAACACACAUUUGUCCGAAAAUGGGAUCCAGUAGUAGCAAAGGGUCAAGCAGUGCUGGUAGUGGUGGUGGUGGUGGUGGUGGUGCUUCUGCUACGACGUCGUUUAGUAGUAGUAACAGGCACCGAGGAGGAGGAGUUUUGAAGUCAUUUUGUCUGAAAGGAGGAACAACCACAUCUACUACCAAUGAAGACGAUGAUCAUCAGGUUUGCAAUUAUGGGAAGGCAGGAAAUGGUGGUGGUAUAGCUCCAUGUACAAGUAGAACUGAAACCGAGUCAGAUGAGGAGAAAACUGAGUGUUACAGAAAGGUUAAAGAUGAAAAAUCUGAUGAACUGCCUUGUCUAUCGUCUGAUGUUGAUCUUGAUGGAUGGGGACAAUCAAGUGUCACAAGUACUGUAUCCAGAACUGGUAGCAGCUCUGCCCGAGCUUCUUCAACUCAAUCCUUAAACCCUUCAAGUCGUUUCCUUUCUCGCUUUAGUUUUAUUCCUGGUAAUAUAAGCUUCAGACUCAGCAGAGCGACCAGUUUAGGGUCAUCGAGGCCUUAUCCUGUUUCUACAACAAAUCUUGCAAUAUUGAAUGAUGAAGAUGAGCUUCAUCUACGAGCAGGACCUGCCAAUGGCUUCAUUCAUAGAAAUGAAACUCAACAAGGUAGUGACUUGCUUCCUGCAUCAUUGAUUAAUGAAACAUCCACGCGAUGUUGCGAAGAUACUAACAGUAGUUUGAGUUUAAAUGCUCCAGCACCUGAUUGUUCUGACAAUUUGCAAGACAAUCAGACAAUGUCUAAUAUCCACAAUGUGGCCAGAGAUGGUGAUAGUACAAGAAAUGGGGUUGAUGUAAACUUGUAUUUGCCAAGAUUUCAUCCAGAAACUGAGAGUGUUGAGACUAGACAUUCUGAUAGGCGGAUUGGAGCUCGCGAACCUGUUGAACGUAAUGUUCGUUUCAGUCGAACCCUAAGUGUUGGGAGACUUCGUGACAGAGUUCUUCGUCGAUCAUCGUUGUCUGAUUUAACAGUUUGUCCUUUGCAACAAGAGGGAGAAGUGAGAGAUGCUAGUCAGCGUAGUGGUAGACAGGCCUGGGAGGGUGAGACAAGGGAAUCAGUAGCUGAAGCUAGUGCCGUAAAUACUCCAACUACUUCUGGUUAUCCUCCACCCAGUAAUUCUAGCUCCUUAUACAGUAUCCAAGAUUAUGAGGUGGAAACUUCACGAUCGCGAGAAGGCAGGUAUCAUGAUCUUCUGGAACAUAGAUCAAAUUUUCUCGAACGGAGAAGAAGAAUACGAUCCCAGGUUCGUGCUCUUCAGCGGUUGGGAAGUCGUUUUGAAAACUUGUCUGGACAUGAGAGGUCUUGUAUAUUAUCCGGUCAACAUCGGACGGGUCGUUGUACAUGUCAUAUUAGUAACCGGGAUGCCAACUUAAAUGAUGACAGCGGUGCUAGGGCCAGCAUAUCAAGAAUUGUUAUGCUAGCUGAAGCAUUAUUUGAGGUUCUGGAUGAAAUUCACCAGCAAUCUGUAGUUUUAUCCUCCCGGCCUUCUGUAUCUUCGAUUGGAUCUGUCCCUGCACCUAAUGAAGUUGUAGAGUCUCUGCCUGUGAAAUUUUACACCAAGUUGCAAAAACAUCAGAAUGAGGAGGCUGCACAAUGUUAUAUAUGCCUUGUGGAAUACGAGGAGGGAGAUAGCUUGCGGAUUUUGCCUUGCCAUCAUGAAUUUCAUAGAACAUGUGUAGACAAGUGGCUCAAGGAGAUUCACAGGGUAUGCCCACUUUGUCGGGGGGAUAUCUGCAGAUCUGAUUCGUUGCCUACAGAAAACUAAAGUGGCCAGUUUCGCAAUCAGUUUUCUUAAAACUCCUGAGCUCUUGAGGAGUGAAGUUUUCCACCUAGGCAAGAAAAGAAAAAAAAAAGUAUGAUGCUCAAGAAGUUAGGGUAUUUUUUCUGCUGUAAUUUUCACUCUUGGCUGUGGCUAAUUGCUCUAAUUGCACAGUGGAACCUCCAACCCUCAUAGAAUUAGACUGAACUACUUGCAAUCAGCCACGCCUCCAACCAGAACUCAGUUUUUACCCGGGCACUCUCCACUGCCCUGGGGUAGGGGUUGGUUGAGAGAGAGAGAAAGCAUUGGUUCUUUUUUGCAAAGAAAUAUUGUGAAUAUGCUGAGCAGUUCCCGCUGAUGUGUCCUAAAUUCUUUGCAUCUUGCUUUAUUUGUGCUAGUUUCUCUUAAUAAUUCUUGAACUUGUUUAGUGUUA